CCAAUUGUUGCUACUUUGUUUGUUUUACUUCAUUUUGGAGUUGGGGUUGCUUCUACAACAUUCUGACAAACGUGAGCACCAUAUGAUCGUAUUACUACAUGUUUGCAUUGAGCGGCUCGGUGUAUAGAUGUAGGCCCCGGGACAGCACUGUGUCUGUUGGAGGCACCAGGCUAAAGGCUAAAGCAGCUCAGAGGCUGUAAUCCCCGUAUGAAACCAUCAUGGCUGCCACUCGCUGAGCUGUCAAGCUCUCCACAAAAGAAAAGAAAUCUGACGGAAGAAACAUGGAUUCGGGGGAUAUUCACGCAGCUACCUCCAGAGGAGAUAAUAAACGGCGUGGCAACAAGAAGAAUAGAGAUUGGCACAAACGGCCCCACCUCAGGAACACAGUCGUUCAACCCCCAACUAUGCAAAGUGAAGAUAAGCGUGGACCAAAGAAGAUAGCAGAGGGGUGGGAGCAAAGCACAGUGUGGCCUUCAUCAAAGAAGCCCCCCCAGGAAGCACAGCAGGGUCAGCACAGGAUUAACGACAAUGGAAAUACACUCAGGUUUACAUGCUCACAAUGCAAGGACAACUCAGAAUAUGUUCCCAAAGACUUAGUGAAACACUUCAAGGUAAAUCACAGAGGGAGCCCGCCUGUUUUCUCCUGUCCUACGUGUACUUUCAGUACGCAUGAGCUCUCCUACCUUCACGUUCAUCAAUUAAGCCACAAGGACACUUUUUCUUGUUGCAGCAUUUGUAAAGACAACAUUCAGCGCACAUGGCCUGAUUUCAAUGCACAUUUGACUAUGUAUCACAGCCAAAAUGGCAAAUAUUCAUGUGAAAUGUGUCAGAAAUUCUCCACAGGUGAUGUUGGUGUUUUUUUAGAGCACAUGUAUGCACAUCAUUUUGGACUGGAGGAAGGUAAGGAUCUUUCUCCACGCACAAGGGGCAGGAAAAAGUUAGGGUCCAAAGCAAACACUCAAUCUUUACGAUGUCAGCACUGUGGCUUUGAUGCAUCUCAAAAAUGGUUGCUUACUAAGCACGUUAAAGCUGUCCACGUUUGCCAGAAUGGUAAUCAGAAGAAGAAAAAGGAAGAGGAAGAGGAGGAGGAGGAGGUCCACCCCAUUGCAAUGAAACCAAAUGACCCUAUCCCAAAAAUGAAGUCUAGAUUAACGAGAAGUGCAGUUAGGGAAAUGUGUUGGCUGACACAGGACUGCCUCUCUCUGCCAGGGAAAGAGUUCCUGGAUAAAUACUGCCAUCUGUCAGAUCCCCAAACAACACUUAAGGAGACUCAACAGUUUUUGAUGAAAUCUGUUGCCGGAGAAACUGGCAAGCAGAAAUGGUCCAAGGCUCUUAAAACCGUUUUGUCAAAUGUACCUCAAGAUAUUAAUCUUUACCCAAAGUCAGAGAAUGGUAUUUUCUCCAAUGCGUCAAAUCUCGCAUUCCUGACCGCCAAGAACAAGAUGACUGUGUCUCAGAACGGUGCUACCAACGGCAAAAGGUUGAAAAUUAUGACAUCAUUAGACAAGGAAACUCAUUCCCCUGAAAGUGCUCCUGAUGAUGCUCGUAGAGAAGUUGAUCAAAAUGGAUGGAUGGAUCAAUCCAAUUUGAGCGAUCAAUCACCUUGUCCACAGACCGAAACCAAACUAAAUGACAUGUUGCCAGCCCAGAGCGAGCCAUCCGCAUGUGGUCAAAUGCAGGAAAACCGAGAGAAUCGGGAAAUAAAGACAGAUCAGGAAAUGGAGGAUAAUAGUAAAAAACCUGAAGAGCCUAUGCACGAAGAUAGGAAUAACAUCUCCUGUGAGCUGGAGUCGACAAAUGAGGGCGAAGAGCAGACAUCCAUUCAUAAAGUCUUACCAAAUAAUAAGAAGCGAAGGCGGAAAAGAAGGGCCAGAUCUAAAAAAGUGGCUAAAAGAUCGUCAGGGUCUGCAUUAAAGAUAGUGUUGAAGAAGAACCCAGUGAAAGAGAAGCAGUGGGUGACUCAAAGCUCUUUGUCUCCAUCAGGUUGUGGUCAGACGGAUGUACCUCCCAACACUCAUGUCAAAUUAGAGUUAACAGAAGAACACCAGCAAAAGUUGACCAAAGCUUCCGAAUCUGAUCCAGACGACCUUUCUAAAGCCGUCACUCAAAAUCCACAGCCAAAGCAAGGGGAAGAACUGACCCCGAGUUGUGCUGCAAAGACAACGAGGUCUAAAAAUACGGACGGAAAUACACCUUUCAAGCUCAAAGGCUUGCCACUGAUGCAUCAAGAGAUGGGACAUGAGUCUGACAAGCCACCGGAAGCAGAAGUCGACGAGGGCGGUGCGGCUUGUGAGACGGGUCUGAUAGCUGGGACUGAAGUGUGCCCCGGGAAUGCUCAACUUCACACAUCCGGCAGUAACACGGACUGCCAUGUGUCAGCAGCUGAUGGAGAGACUCCUCACAGCAGCUCCACCCAGGCGUCCCCUGUUUCCCAACCCGUAAUCACAGCACAGGGUAAAGUCACCCAUACAGAUGUAAGCCAUGCUCUCUCUUCAGAGCACAGUGUUGAGGGGGUGAGAGUCAGUGAAGCGCCUGCUGACCUCCUCCACCCUGAUCUCCUCAGCAACUCGUCUUCAAGUGAAGCCAUCUUAACGGAGCCCUCUUCGCCGUCUGGGCAUCAGUGGCUGCCAAAGAACCAGGAGAGGACCCUGAAGCUAGUAGCCAUAAAUCCAUCUCAGCUGGUGAGGCGUCCAGCAGGAGACCAGCCCGUUGUGGUGCUAAAUCACCCGGACGCCGACAUCCCCGAGGUUGCCAGGAUCAUGGAGGUCCUCAACAGGUACAGAGGGGAGGUGCAGAAGGUCGUGCUGUCACGGAAAACAGUCAGUGCUCUAGCAACCGCAAACUGUGAUGCAAAUGCUGUACCUGAUCCCGCGGGGAACGCUAAAAACUCUGUACGGGAGAGAUUUGUGUUGAAACUGAAACUCCGUAGGUUGAGCAGGAAAAAGUACGAAGUGGUCGCGGCAGCCGCUCCUAGCGGGGAUGUUCGGAAGGAAUUCCGGUGCUGGUUUUGCGGCAGGGUCUUCGCACGUCAGGAAACGUGUAUGGUCCAUCGGCAGAGACAUCUGAUGGACUGGAAAGGACCAAAGUUAGAAAACUCUUAAACGUCACUUACACUGGAUGAAAAACAAAAGAAAGUCUGGAAAAUAAUGACUUGUUGCAAUACAGCAAUGGAAAUAGUCUUCUCGUUUUUUUAAAAGUCUUAAUUAUGACUGGUUGGUUUUGAGGAGAAAUCACGCCUCGCUCACAUUCUCAGGGCUCACCUGUUGGAGUAGCUCGAUACACAAUCUGUACAUUAGUGAUUAUUCGGAAACCACAAGGACGUGGUGUGGAUAAUUUAGUCCUUUUGUAUGGUUUGAAUUUUGUCUACGAAAUUGCUUUAUUUAAGAUGAUUUACGUACACUGUCUAACGGAAUCUUUUAUAGAACACUGUAACAUGUUCAUUUGCCAUACCAUCUGACUUUUAUCAAUCAGUUUAUGUACGGGUUGGCUCUACAGUGAGGUAGCUAUAUCAUAUUUAUGUUUUUUGGAAUGGGACGCAGAGACCUACAAUUUUCUAAGAUAUACGAAAAUAGAAAGAAGACAAUAAGCUAUUAUUCAACAUUUAUUUAUGACUCUUUUAUAUCUCUAUGCUUUUGCUAUUGAAAGAAUAGGCCUGUUUGUAAAAAAAUAAUGUUCAAAUAAGAGUAUUAUCUGUAUAAUGUAUAUUUUCAUGCAGCGGAUUGUCCCUAAAGUCACGAUUAAUUUAAACUUUCAUUUUGUGAUGUCGGUGGAAAAAUAGCUGAAAUCUUUUUUUAAUUCUGGAAUUUAAAAGGCCAAGAUGAUUUGAUCAUGAUAUUUUUAUUUUUCCUCUCAAUGAGUUUCCUAUUUUGACUUGAAAUUAUAAUCUUAUCUUUUAAUUGCACUAUGAAAGGAGGAUUUAUAUUUCCCGUUACCUCGCCCUUAUCAGUCUGAAGCUUUUGACAAUCUCAACCCUGUGUCCUGCUGUGCUCAACAUUUCCGUAUGCAGCCAUGAUCCCUCAGUAUUCACGGCUAGGGGACUGUGUGUGUGUGUGUGUGUCGGAAUAAUCCUGUAUUCCGAUAUAGCGCCUGUUUCAGGAAUGCAUACUUCAGUGUCAUUAACUCACUGUGUAUAUAUCCUUUUUUUCAAUUUAGAUCAAAGAUUUAUAAUUGUGUAUAUAGUCCAGAUAGAGGUACUGUCAAAUACUGCCUGAGUUUCACCAAGUGCCUAGGAAUUGUUAUUAUGCAAUAAAUGUGCAUGAGGAUGAUAGUUUGUCGCUUUAUAUGAUGACUCGAAACGAUGUGAGCCCAGGUAUUAUACAAGACAAGAAAAUAAUUGUAUUAAAAAAUAUACAACCUU